UCGUUUCUUCCUCCUCAGCUUGACGUUCCAAGCUGAUCAACCAACCAGGUUUCUCUUUUUCUUUUUUUUUCCUGAAGCAUGAAAGCUGUUUCUCCGUCGUCUCCGCAUCACCUGAAGCCAAUGCUCGGAGCUUCUCCGGCGACGGCGAGGAUGGCGCGUUCGAGUCAUGUCGUUCACUGUGCGCAGAGAUCUGACUGUUUGAGCUUCCACCACGGAGUUGGCUCUAGUCGAGCCGAAUGGCAGAGCACGUGCGCGAUUAUCGCGAGCAAGGUUGUUUCUCAGGAGCAAUCAGAAUCGCUUCCACCACUUUCCGGCGGAGCUGAUCACGUCGCCGCCGUGAACGGCCACAAUAGCGCCGCCACCGUGGCUGGACUGAAUCUGGUCCCGAUCGAGAAAUCCGACGCCAAAUCGCUGGUCCCGCAACCGCCGCAGAAGCCUCUCAGCAUCACGGAUCUGUCGCCUGCGCCGAUGCACGGAUCUAAGCUCCGAGUCGCGUACCAAGGCGUCCCGGGCGCGUACUCUGAGGCCGCCGCCGGUAAGGCUUACCCAAACUGCGAAGCAAUUCCUUGCGAUCAGUUUGAAGUGGCGUUUCAGGCGGUGGAGCUCUGGAUCGCGGACCGAGCGGUUUUACCAGUGGAGAACUCGCUCGGUGGCUCAAUCCACCGGAACUACGACCUCCUCCUCCGCCACCGCCUCCACAUAGUGGGAGAGGUCCAGCUCCCGGUCCAUCACUGCCUCAUGGCUCUCCCCGGUAUCCGCAAGGAGUUCCUCACGCGUGUGAUCUCACAUCCACAGGGACUCGCCCAAUGCGAGCACACACUCACCAAGCUCGGCCUCAACGUGGCGCGUGAGGCUGUCGACGACACCGCCGGAGCCGCCGAAUUCAUUGCCGCCAACAACCUACGCGACACAGCAGCGAUCGCGAGCGCACGAGCCGCAGAGAUCUACGGGUUGGAGAUCCUCGAAGACGGGAUCCAGGACGACGCGAGUAACGUCACGCGCUUCGUGAUGCUGGCGCGUGAUCCGAUCAUACCUAGGACUGACCGGCCGUUCAAGACGAGCAUUGUGUUCGCUCACGAGAAAGGUACGAGCGUUCUGUUCAAAGUGCUUUCGGCGUUUGCGUUUAGGAACAUCAGCUUGACAAAGAUCGAGUCGCGACCGAAUCACAACCGCCCAAUAAGGCUCGUCGACGACGCAAACGUGGGAACGGCGAAGCACUUCGAGUACAUGUUCUACAUCGAUUUCGAGGCUUCAAUGGCGGAGCCGCGUGCACAGAACGCGCUAGCUGAGGUUCAGGAGUUCACAUCCUUCCUGCGGGUGCUGGGGAGUUAUCCCAUGGACAUGACGCCUUGGUCACCAUCAUCAUCAUCAUCAUCAUCAUUGUCAGCAUCAUCACCAUCAUAAAACAUAUGAACACUACCACCAAGAUAAACCUUAAUUAAUAUGUAAAUUUGGAGAAUGAAAACUAAAACUUAUUUCUCCUAUAUAUAAAAAAAAAUUAAGAAGCCGUGGGAUCCGUUGUUGUGUUUAUUUCUGUUGUCAGCUUUUUUUAGAUUUAAUUACGUUCUUUAAGCAACAGCUUAUAUUAAAUUUAUCAUCCAAAUGUCAAAAGAUUUAUCAUUUGUAUAAAUAUAAAUGUCAACAUUGAUGAGUGAUUUAUCA